AUGGGCUCCUCCGCGGCCGCGGCGGCGGCAGCGGCGGCCGCAGACUCGGCGCAGUGGCUCUCGGUGAAAGAGGAGACCAUCUUCCUGCACGACGGGCUCAUUCGGGUCACCGACCUGGCCGAGCUGCCCAGCGAAAUCCUCGGGGCUCCGGAGGCCGCCGACACCGACCUGGAGAUUUUAACAUUUGAGACCAAGAACCCAACGGAACUAGCAGAACGUUUGCGCUCUGUUUGUGGAAAUCAAAGUAAUGCCUAUGCCCGUCUGCUGGAAUACCGCCUGAACGCCUUGCGAGGACUGUGGAAUGCCCAGCGCCAGCUGGCCCUGGAAGAGCAGCAUGACAGGGAAAGCUCGGGUGAUGAAGAAACUUUGGCUCUGCUUAAGCGUCAGGGCCUGUUGCAGCAACCCGAGCAGGCGCCCUUCACAUCACGGAUGGGGCUCCUACUGGUCUUCCCCCUUAUUCAGUCCCAGAGUCGAACAGACCCUUCUCUCUGUAACAUAACUGCUGAGGUGCUAUUGAACUGCCUUCGCGACUGCCAGCCUUUGAGCUUGACCAAGGAGCCUGCUGACUGUCUCAAUGGAAUUGAAACCUUGCUGUGCUCUUGGCUAGAGGAGACUUCGGACACAGGCCGACACAUCCCACACAAGCAAAAAGAAAACGCUGCUGCUGCCCUGGUGGCGUUGGCAUGUGCCAGGGGAUCAUUGAAAACUUUUGUCCACACAGUCCAUCUGUUACAGAAGCAGACUGAUCUAGGGUCCCUGCCGGUGGCUGACGUGCUGUAUAGGUUGUUGCUUCUGGAAGGGGGGCCUGGAUCCCCUUCCUGUUUGCUUGGGGGCAAACAUAUAGUAUCCUGGGGGUAUGAAGACAUGUUGCCUGCGCCAGACAGCAACACAGGCUCUAGUUCUGAAAAUAAAGAUGCUGACUUGGGACGCUGCCUCACUGCAGACGGUCUUUACCUGUAUACCACUAACUCAGUUGGAAGAGGAGUAAGCAAAUUGGGGUCUGGAUUACACGGUACUCUCAGGGGGUUUGUGUACUGCCGGAACGAGGAGCUGGAGCCCGGGUGGCUGGCCUUCGGCAGCGGCAGUCUUCUACACCGGCCUGUGUCUUUUGAUAACAAACCUCACUCCCUUUUCCAGGUCAUCGAUCAGAACACCCUCCAGGUGUGCCGGACGGUGCCCAUGCCUGCCAACCACCUCCCUGUCGGCAGCACCGUGAGCACGGUGCACCUCUCUUCAGACGGCACUUACUUCUACUGGGUCUGGUCUCCUGCUAGCUUGAAUGAGAAAACACCAAAGGGACAUUCUGUCUUCAUGGACAUUUUUGAACUUGUGGUUGAAAAUGGUGUAUUUGUAGCCAACCCUCUUCAGGAACGCACAAUUCUAAUGAGGAAAGAAGGGGAGUCUGCCAAAAGCAUUAAUGAGAUGCUUUUGAGCAGACUCUCUCGGUACAGAGCUUCGCCAUCAGCGACCCUCGCAGCCCUGACUGGCUCCACCAUCUCCAACACCUUGAAAGAGGAUCAAGCAGCAAAUACUAGCUGUGGGCUACCGCUAAAGAUGCUGCGCAAGACGCCCAUCUACACCUGUGGCACGUACCUCGUGAUGCUGGUCCCACCUCCAGGGGGAUCGGGCAGCUCUGCCACCCGCUCUCUCUUUGGUGGAACAAGUGGUUUGUCAUCUUUAAAAAUCCUUGCAUCUAGCUUGGUUUAUAAUAUUUCGGAUGGUCAGUUCACGAGUCGUGCGGAUCUCAUAGAUGCUGCUGGAAGCUCUCUGGGGCGUGGUGCUCUUGUCCCAGGAUUGGGUGCCUGUUAUGAUACAGUGAACAACAUGCUGUGGACAUGCUCCAACGAUUACAUCGACCAGUGGUGUAACCCUGGGAAUCAAGCCUUCCAUUACGUGUGCCAGAGACUGGGAGUCAGCCACAUCAUCACUGAGCCCAAAGAAGAGGCGAUAACCACGAAUGAGGUUAUCAACCAGUUACUGCACCACGUUGGUGCGAUGUGCAUACACCAGCUCAAUCUUCUGGCCACCAACCCCAAUCUUCCCAUCACAAGUGUCUUGGGCAAGCAGCAUCCGAUUGAAGCCCACCAUGUGAGCAGCAUUUGUGACAUCAUGGAGAAGGCCAUGGUUAAUGGAGAUACCUGCAUCAUACGCUGUGUUCUCGUUGUCUUUCAGGUGGUGUUUAAGUUUUUCUUCAGCCCACAAACUGAAAGGAACCGAGACAUCAUUCGACGUUCGGGAUUGCUUCUUUGGCAGUUGCUGAUGGCACCAAAAGAUCAAAUCUGCCCCGAAAUUCAGAAGGAAGUCUGUCUUGCCAUCAGCUCUGGUUUAAACAUCUUGUACCCAGGUGAAACUGAAAUCAAUAACUUACUUAAGCUGGUCUUAACAGAAGGAGAAAGAAACAGCGGACUCUCCCAGCUACGGGAUGUGAUCUUAACCAACUUAGCUGAACAGCUUCAAAACAAUCGAUUCGGCAGCGAUGAGGAUGAUCAUUACAGGCUAAAUGAUGAACUUUUACACUACAUUCUAAAGAUCGUUGUACGAGAAUCCUGUAUCUUAAUCACCAAGUGCCAAACUGUCUCUAAAGAUGAUUUUCAAAAGCUCCUUUCAACUGUGCCUGCUGCGUCCUCCUGCCUGCGCUAUCUGAUGGCAGUUCAGAAUCACCUUCUCAGUAACACUAUUUUGAUUAAACCUGAUGAGAAUGAUGACAGUGACAACUCCUUGCAGGGAGAGACAUUGAAGGUACAGGAGCUGAAGGUCAGUAUUUUGGCUCUUGCUACCCAAAUCCUGACUGGAUGCGAUGAAGUGCUGGAAAUGCUACAGCAGGUGACCACUGCCCUUAUAAACAGUGACAUACCCGACCGAGAACAGAGGCUAAAAGGCUUGGAGCAAGUCACCAAGGCCACUAUGCUUGGUCACCUUCUCCCGGUGUUGCUGACCUCCCUGAUGCACCCAAAUCUGCAGACCUUGACCAUGGCCGAUGCCCUGAUGCCCCAGCUUGUGCAGCUGGUGCUCUACACCAGCCAGACGGCUUUGCUGCUUAAAACCCAGUGUCCUGUGUUUGCUGAGGUGGGCUGUUCCCCGUGUGGCGCCUCCGAGCAGAAGUGCAGGCUGUUCCCUGAUGAGAGAAUGCUGGAAGAAAAGGAAGAGCCAGGCUUUCUCACUGGCUUAAAGAUACCUGCCCCAUGGGCUGCCGGGAAGACUGUGGAAACAGUGCACCCUGUCAGAGACAACUAUAAAUUCAAAGAAACUGUCCACAUCCCCGGAGCUCGCUGCCUGUAUCUGAGAUUUGACAGCAGAUGUUCCUCACAGUAUGACUAUGACAAAUCUAACGGUCUAUUUUCUGUUUUGAAGUUGGUGAUAUACGCGGGGCCUAACACAAACAGUAGGAAGGUUGCUGAGUAUGGAGGCAACACUCUGGGAUAUGGCAGCCGUAGUGUCUUAGGAACUGGUUGGCCGAAGGACUUGGUGAAGGUGGAAGGCGAUACAGUCACCUUCUCCUUUGAAAUGAGAAGUGGCCGUGAACACAACACUCCCGAUAAAGCUAUGUGGGGCUUUGCUUGCACAGUCCGCGCUCAGGAGUCCUCGGAGGAUGUCUCAGGAGGCCUGCCCUUUCUGGUAGACCUGGCUUUAGGUCUAUCUGUGUUAGCUUGUUCCAUGUUAAGAAUCCUGUACAAUGGACCAGAAAUUACCAAAGAAGAAGAAACCUGUCAGGAGCUAUUGCGGUCCAAACUUUUACAAAGGUGCCAGUGGCAGGUGGAAGCCAAUGGUGUCAUCUCUCCUGCCCUUACUCCGAGCCCCUCUCCACUGCCUCUGACCAUAGAGGAAGACAGAGAAUUUACCUACCCCUCGGAUGUGCUUGUGCCUCCUGUCGGAAGCUAUUUUGACCUGCCCCGGAUCAGGCUGCCUCCAGGGAUCAUGAUAAAGCUCAGGGAAAUUUCUGGGCGUGCUAGACCUCAAUUUAGACCAAGUAUAAAAGAAGUGAUUCAGCCAGAUGUGAUGGAGGAAAUGGUGGUGUCCUGUGUUAUUAAGCACUUGAAUUUGGUGGAUGCACUGCAGUCCCUAAUAAAUUUCCAGUAUCAAGAAGAACAUGCCGAGGAAUAUGACUUACUGUGUAAAAUUAUGGGCGAGACCUUUAAGAAACUCAAUGCCAUGGAGAGACAGCUGCAGAGUGUUGCAGAACUGGAACAGAAGUGGCAGAGUGAGGUUGAGGAUGCCAUGCAGGGGAAACUGGAAAACAACAUGCCUUUCUUCUAUGAUUACCAUUUCAAUGAGAACAAAAUGAAAGAACUAGAACUUUUGUGUUCAAUGAAGGAAGUCUCCUUUGAUGGAAAUGAUCUUGAAAAUAUGGUCCUAUCACUGAGGGAGAAGUUCCUACAGGAGGUGAAUUCUCUUAUUCAGAAACCUUCACACCCACUGGCCAAAACAAAAACGCUGGUGAAGAGUCUGAUGAACCGCGCGGAGCUGCUGCUGCACGUGACCAUCGCAGCCCAGUCGGGCCUCACCAGGAGCAUCUCGGGUACCCCGGCGGAGACCCCAGCUUGUAAAUCAGCUUCCGAAACAAAGGUGAUCUCUCAUGCUGUCCGGCAGCCUGUUUUUCUGCGCAGCAUGUCGGCUCCUUCUGACCUGGAAAUGAUUGGUAAUGAAGAUUUGGAAUUUACUAGAGCAAAUCAGAGGCGCCGUCAUGUGACCAGCCACCGCAGCAGUUCCUUUACACUCCUGCAGUCACUGGCCACUGAGGACAGCAGGGACAAGCCCACCUACAGCGUCCUACUGGGCCAGCUGUUUGCCUUCAUUGGCACCAACCCUGAUCAAGCUGUGUCCAGCAGCAGCUUCCUUUUGGCUGCACAGACAAGGUGGCGGCGGGGCAACACGCGCAAGCAGGCGCUGGUGCACAUGCGGGAGCUACUGACGGCUGCGGUGCGGGUCGGGGGAGUGACGCAUCUUGUGGGGCCCGUGACGAUGGUCCUGCAGGGAGGACCCAGGAUUGAAGAACUCACCUGCGGAGGGAUGGUGGAGCAGGUCCAGGAAGCCUUUGGGGAGACCAUGACCUCUGUUGUGUCUCUGUGUGCUCGUUAUCCAAUUGCUUGUGCGAAUAGCAUCGGACUCUUGUGUACCAUACCUUAUACCAGGAGCGAAGAGAAGUGCCUGGUGCGCAGUGGCCUUGUGCAGCUCAUGGAUCGACUGUGCAGCUUGAGCAGUCAGACCGAGUCCAGCUCCAGUGAGAAACAAACCAAGAAGCAGAAAGUGGCCACCAUGGCCUGGGCUGCCUUCCAGGUGCUUGCCAACCGCUGUGUCGAGUGGGAAAAAGAGGAAGGCGGCUCCACAGAGGCUGUGCACUCGGGUCUGGCGCGGCAGGUGUCCAGCCUCCUCACCAACCAUCUCGCCCGAGCCACCGAGUGCUGUGGCAACCAGGCUGCUGGGAAUGACGCACUGCAGGACGUCCUGAGCCUUCUCAAUGACCUCUCAAGGAGCCACAUAGGGAAGGCCAUCCUGAGCCAGCCAGCUUGCGUGUCCAAACUCCUCUCACUGCUCCUCGACCAGCGCCCGUCGCCAAAGCUGGUGCUCAUCAUUCUUCAGCUGUGCCGGGCAGCGCUGCCCCUGAUGAGCGUGGAGGACUGUGGGAAUGUGGAGCUCCCUCCGUGGAGCUACUCCGUCCCCUCCCUAAACAGCGAGCAGGAAGACCCCAGCGACCCUGCCUCUAAGAUCGCCUCCUUGCUCUUAGCAAAGCUAGCAGACUACGUGGUUCCAGGAUGUCAGACAGUUCUUUCUCCAACUGCUUCUGAACCCGACACCACGUUGACCAAAACCAGUCCCAAGAAUUCCUUGAAAGGAGAUAAAGAUCCUGGAGAAGAGAGUGAGGCAGUGGAUGGCAAGCUCUCCAUCUUUAUCCACAAGCGGGAAGACCAGUCCUCCCAUGAAGUCCUCCAGCCUUUACUAAGUAGCUCAGAAGGACGGCCCUUCCGACUGGGUACAGGUGCCAACAUGGAGAAAGUUGUGAAGAUGGAUCGGGACAUGACCAAGGGUGGCUGUUGUGAGGUAAUUACAGAAGAGACCACCGCCGCCCUCCGGAAAGCGACCAAGUGGGCACAGUCAGGCCUCAUCGUCAGCGUUGGGCCACCAGUGGAAUCUGUCAACCCAGAGACUGUGAGUGGACUGUCCACAGGUGACAAAAAGAAAACCGCCCAGACCUCCAUUUGCCGGGAGAGGAACUCUGAACUCGCCAGGACCGAUCCCGUCCGGCCCUUCAUCAGUGGGCACGUGGCAAACAGCAUGGCCGCGGAAGUGAUCGCUUUGCUGCACAGCCUGCUAAUGGCACCUGAGUCAAACGCUGCUCAAAUAUGGACCACGACAGCAGAAAAGGUUGUGUCUCGUGCACUGAUGUACAUUCCACAACUGGGGAAAUACGCGGAAAGCAUUCUGGAAAAUGGCAGCAGCAGUGGCAGAAAACUUGCCAAACUUCAGAGAAUUGCCCGGCAGGCUGUCGCCGCACUGUGUGCCCUGGGAGGAUUCAAAGAGACAAUCAAGAUAGGAUCUGAGGUUCAGGUUUUGGGUAGAGGAAUAUCAGGAAGUAUUGGAGUGGUGGCUUCGAUCAACGAGCAGGAAGGUAUAGCCACAGUCAGAUUCCCACCCAUAGACUGUCGCAAGACUUCCCAGGCCUCAGACACACUGACCAUUCCACUGUCUAGACUUUGUGUCCCACGAUCGGAGGCGCUGCCCCUUCACAAGCUGUCCAUUACUGAGAAGGUGGUGCAGGCGGUCCAGUCCAUGCUACUUCCGCAGGAGGGCAGCCUCUCCAUUCACACCUCACUGCCUGCAGCAGGCGACGGGUCAGCUCCUGUGAUGGCAGUCGUCCGGCUUCUUGCCGAAAUAAGAACCAGAGCAUGCCUGGUCAUGGCCCAGCUUUUAGAAGACAGCUUAUUUUGUGAAGAGUUCAUUCAGCAGUGUCCAGCAGCUGUGGAAGUGCUUAACCUAGUAGCCCAGGAGUGCAGCGCUGGAGAGCGACUUGCUGUGGUUGAGGUGCAGUGUGAGCGACUGAGGAUGCUCUACCGGGACUGUGCACGGCCUCCGCCGCCACCCCUGCAGGCUGACCGAAGGCAGCCCAAGGAAAUCACUUGGAGCCCCUCGAGAGUGUUUCCUCCUGUGCGAGCCUGCAUGUUCUCGUCGCACUUGACCUCUGUCACCUUCCUGGCUGACCCCAGCGCCGGAGGAGGUCUGCCUCGGGGCACUUUUAUCUAUGCCACCUCACCUCUGCCAGUUCAGGCCCCUUCUUUUUACUGGGAAAUUGAAAUUGUUUCCUAUGGAGAUACUGAUGACGACACAGGACCAAUAGUUUCCUUUGGCUUUGCUACAGAAGCAGAGAAACGAGAUGGAGCUUGGACCAAUCCAGUGGGCACUUGCCUUUUCCACAACAAUGGCCGGGCAGUGCACUACAACGGCUCCAGUCUGCUGCAGUGGAAGAGCGUCCGCUUAGAUGUGACUCUCUCUCCUGGCGAUGUGGCCGGAAUCGGCUGGGAGAGAACCGAGGGGACCCCACCUCCUCCAGGGCAGCCGGCCAAGGGCCGGGUGUACUUCACUUACUGUGGGCAGCGCCUCUCUCCAUACCUGGAAGACGUCUCUGGCGGGAUGUGGCCUGUGGUUCACAUUCAGAAGAAGAACACCAAAACUCGAGCCAACUUUGGUUCCCACCCAUUUGCCUAUGCCGAGGGCCAGGCCCAUCGCAAUGCCGCCGACCUGUGCACUGACCUGGCAGAGGAGAUCAGUGCCAACUUCGAGGCCCUGCCCUUUGCCAUGGCAUCUGACAGUGACAACGAUGCUGGCACCAGUAUUGCUUCUGACCCGGGCACUCAUGGGCCACCAUGCCGGAUUGCCGCUGUGGCCACCGCUCAGCAACAAUAUGAUAGCGACACCUCCUGUCAUUACAAAGUAGAGCUCAGCUAUGAGAAUUUCAUCACCUCUGGCCCAGACCCUCACCCACCGCCCAUUGCAGAUGAUGAAAGCGAUGAUGACGAUGAUGAUGACAUCCCCCAGGAGGACCACUAUGCCCUGCUUGUGAAAGCCUGGGAAACCAAGGUUUUCCCCACCAUCCGAAGGCGGUUCCGCAAUGAGGCCGAGCGGAAAUCAGGCCUGGACCAGAUCAAGGGGGCUUUACAGCUAGGCAUGGUAGACAUUGCCCGACAGACGGUUGAGUUUCUCUAUGAGGAGAAUGGCGGCAUCCCCAGAGACCUUUAUCUUCCCACCAUUGAGGACAUCAAAGACGAAGCAAACAAGUUCACCAUUGACAAAGUUCGAAAAGGUCUCACGGUAGUGACCCGUUCUCCAGACAGCAACAAUGUAGCCAGCAGCACUGUCGGGACUGCUUUGCCAAAAUUUGCCAUCCGAGGAAUGCUGAAAACCUUCGGGCUUCACGGAGUUGUCUUAGAUGUCGAUUCAGUGAAUGAACUGGUGCAGGUGGAAACCUACCUCCGGAGUGAAGGCGUGCUGGUGCGAUACUGGUACCCUAUCGAUAUGCUGGAGAGGCCCCCAGCAGGCUACCGAAGGACAGCCACCAAUGGGCUGGUCACACUGGACAACACCAACCUUCAGAUUCACAGAGAGCUGCUGCGCUGUGAGGCUGCGCUGGCCCGGCUCUACUGCCGCAUGGCUCUGCUCAACAUCUUCGCCCCCAAGCUGCCCCACCUUUUCACACGCCUCUUCCACAUCCCCGCCAUCCGGGACAUCACGCUGGAGCACCUGCAGCUGCUGUCCAAUCAGCUCCUCGCUCCUCCGCUGCCAGAUGGCACCAUCAGCUCCAGCUCCAUCCUCCUGGCACAGUCUCUGCAGCACUGCAUCCACUCCCAGAACUGCUCAGCCACAGACCUCUUCUACCAGGGUAACUCCCAGACAGUGAGGGAGUGGCUCAACGUGGCCAUCACCCGCUCCCUGCACCAGGGCGAGGACAGCCUCUUGGAGCUGACCAAGCAGAUCUGCUCCUUCCUGCAGACAGCACCAGAGCAGUUCCCCUCGGAAGAGUUCCCAAUUUCCGAGUCCAAAGUCAACAUGGACGUUAAUUUCCCCGGGGCGGCUUUUGUCGUGGUGUCUUGUAAAGAAAGUCAGUCUGGAUUCCGCAAAGACUCCUCUCUGUACAAGGCACCAUGGGCGCGCGUGCUCGUGUACGGGCUCGGCCACAAAGUGAAGCGAACUGGCCAGCUGAACCUCAUCGAGGCCGCCUGUUACCCGAGGGACGCAUCCCCAGCCAACACUGGGCUGGCCCCACCGCCCACCGCUGACCAGUACCCCUCCGUGGUCCUCUCCACGGACAGGGUCCACAUCAGACUGGGUGUGUCUCCACCUCCCGGGGCUGUGCUGGUGUUACACUCCCUGCCCCUGGAGUUCCCACUGGCCAUGGCCUUCGCAGAGCAGCUGCUGUCCUGGAGGUCAGAAGAUGGCGACGCAAAGGCUGAAGAUGAGCCCGACACCAUUCCCACUUCGGUCCUCCUUCAGGUGGUGGAGCUGCUAGGAAACUUCCUGUGGACCACAGACAUGGCGGCCUGUGUGAAGGAGCUCGUCUUCCACCUCCUGGCCGAGCUCCUGCGCACCGUGCAUGCCCUGGAGCAGAGGAAGCACCCUGCCGGCCUGUCGUCCUCCAUCGCCCUUCAGCUCAACCCCUGUCUGGCCAUGCUGAUGGCCUUGCAGUCGGAGUUGCACAAGCUCUACGAUGAGGAGACCCAGAGCUGGGCAUCAGGCGGUGGCUGCGGGGGCUCAGGCGCUGCUGCAGCUGGCGAGCAGGGCAGGUUCUCCACGUAUUUCCACGCUCUCAUGGAGGGGUGCCUGGCUGUUGCUGAAGUGACCCUGCCUACCAACAUGAGUGUCACGGCCAGUGGCGUGACCUCCACGACUGCCCCAAACCUCAGUGACUCCUCCUCAUCCUCCUCGUCCUCGCCAGGACAGACUCCACAGAGUCCCAGCCUGCUGUCCAAGAGAAAGAAGGUCAAGAUGAAGCGGGAGAAGGCCUCCUCCUCUGGGAAGCGCCAGUCGUCCCGUGCAGUCGAGUCGGACUCCACCAUGCUCAGCAUCGGGGGCAGCAAGCCUGAGGACAUGCUCUGGUUCCACCGAGCGCUCACGCUGCUCAUCAUCCUCCGCCACCUCACCCGGAAGGACCCGCAGGGCCUCGGUGUGACAAACGACGCCAUCGCUGAUGCCUGCCAGGCCCUGGUGGGCCCCACAGCCCACAGCCGCCUGCUGGUGAUCUCAGGUAUCCCCACCCACCUGGAUGAGGGCAUCGUCAGAGGUGCCAUCCGCAAGGCCUGCAAUGCCCACGGUGGGGUCUUCAAAGAUGAGAUCUACAUCCCACUGCAGGAGGGAGACCCCAGGAAGCCCCAGGACAAGGCCGAGGGUGGCGACGGCAAGGCCGAGCCUGAGAAGGCGCUGGGCUUCCCGGGCGCAGACAGCCUGGAUGGGAGCACAUCCAGCAGCCUGGCCCCUGCCAUGAGCAUCAGUGCCUCCGCAUCCACCAGUCAGGCCUCCAUGUGCAGCUCCCAGGGCGUGUCGCAGACCGUCAGCGACCUCUCAGUGGACCCGUUGCCCGCGGGCCUUGAGCUGCCUAUCCCUCCUGGCCUGCUGGAGCCGCAUGCAGUAUCCAGCCAGGAGAGCCUGGACAUCUCUCUGUGCAGCACGGGCAGCCUGGGCAGCCUGGGCAGCCUGGGUGAGCAGCUGGACAAUGCAGAGACGGCCUCAGUGUCGGACGUGGGCUCCAUGUAUACUGUCACGUCCCUGGACAACCAGCCCCUCACUGCACGCCCCAUCAAAGGCUUCGCAGUCGUGGAGAUAAGAUCCCGAGCCAAAAUUGAGAAAAUCCGAGCAAGUUUAUUUAACAAUAAUGAUCUGAUUGGUUUGUCAAGUUUGGAUGGUGAAGAUGAACUGAUGGAGAUGUCGACCGAGGAGAUUCUGACUGUGUCCGUAGUGAAUCAGAGCUUGUUUGAUACGCAGGGGAGUCCGGGGCUAGAAGAUUACUUCAACGAUAAGUCAAUUAAAGGGGAGAAGCUGGUGCCGGGGGCCCGGGAGGUCCUCACCGAGAUAUUCAAGAGCUGCGCCCACUCCGAGCAGACGCUGAGCCUGACGCCAGCGAAGCCCAUCCGUGUGUCUGACAUAUACCUCAGCAAGGAGCAGAUCAACUCCCAGACCCCAGGCAACCUGCUCCACCUCUUCUUCACCAACGUCCGGCCCCCGAAGAAGGUGCUGGAGGACCAGCUCACACAGAUCCUCAGGAAGUACGGUGUCCCGAAGCCCAAGUGUGACAAAAGCAAGUACAGCAAAGCUGGCAAGGAGCAGCACCCCGUGAAGGUGGUGAGCACCAAGCGGCCCAUCACCAAGCCGCCCGCCAAGGACAAGGCCGUGCUCAACAGCGUCAGGACUGCCUUAAGUGAGAAGAAACCCACUGUGAAGCCCAAGUCACCAGAGAAGGGCAAGCCGGAAGAAAAGGAUCCAGAAAAGUCACCCACCAAAAAGCAGGAAGUCCCUGAGGAAAAGUAUCUGACCUUGGAAGGAUUUCACAAAUUUGUUAUCGACCGAGCCAAGCAGGACAUCCGGAGCAUCUGGAGGGCCAUUCUGUCUUGUGGCUAUGACCUGCACUUUGAGAGAUGUGCCUGCAUUGAUGUCCGACAUGCGCAGAAGGCCUCCAGGAAGUGGACCCUGGAGAUGGACGUUGCGCUGGUGCAGUACAUCAACCGGCUGUGCCGACACCUUGCCAUCACCCCAGCGCGGCUGCACCCGCACGAGGUGUAUCUGGACCCCGUGGACGCUGCCGACCCCAGGGUGGCCUGCCUCUCCACCGUUCCCAUCGAGAGCCUGCGCCUGCGCUUCGCCCUGCUGCAGUCCCUCAACACCACGCUGGAGACCUUCUUCCUGCCGCUGGUGGAGCUGCGCCAGACGCCCGCGUACACCCGUAGCAUCGCGGCCCUGCUGGAGGGGGCCAAAGGGCUGAUCUUCUAUGACACGAAGGUGACGGUGAUGAAUCAAGUGCUGAACGCCACUGUGCAGAGGACGGCUGACCACGCAGCCCCGGAGAUCACUUUGGACCCCCUGGAAAUUGUGGGAGGGGAACUCAGAGCCUCUGAAAACUCCUACUUCUGCCAGGCUGCCCGGCAGCUGGCCUCCGUGCCGUCUUCCCAGCUCUGCGUCAAGUUGGCCAGUGGCGGUGACCCCACCUACGCCUUCAACAUCCGCUUCACCGGGGAGGAGGUGCACGGCACCAGUGGCUCGUUCCGCCACUUCCUGUGGCAGGUGUGUAAAGAGCUGCAGAGCUCCUCGCUGUCACUGCUGCUGCUGUGCCCCAGCUCAGCCGUCAACAAGAACAAGGGCAAGUACAUCCUGACGCCCAGCCCCAUCACCUACGGCGAGGAGCAGCUGCUGCACUUCCUGGGCCAGCUGCUGGGCAUAGCCAUCCGUGCAGACGUCCCUCUGCCGCUGGACCUCCUGCCCUCCUUCUGGAAAACACUGGUGGGGGAGCCCCUCGACCCCGACCAGGACCUGCAGGAGGCGGACAUUCUCACCUAUAACUACAUCAAGAAAUUCGAGAGCAUCAAUGACGAGACUGAGCUGGAGGCCCUGUGUGCCGAGAUCGCCUCCCAGCACCUGGCGGUCGAGAGCCCCGAGGGCCCCAACAAGCCCUGCUGCAGGUUUACCUACCUGACCAUGACGGGCGAGGAGGUGGAGCUGUGCAGCCGCGGCCGGCACAUCCCUGUAGCGUGGGAAAAUAAGGACAUCUACGCAGCCGCCAUCCGGAGCCUGCGGCUACGGGAGCUGCAGAACACGGAGUGCGUGAUGGCCGUGCGUGCCGGCCUGGGCUCCAUCAUCCCCCUGCAGCUGCUCACCACGCUCAGCCCGCUAGAGAUGGAGCUGCGCACGUGCGGCCUCCCGUACAUCAACCUCGAGUUCCUGAAGGCCCACACCAUGUACCAGGUGGGGCUCAUGGAGACGGACCAGCACAUCGAGUUCUUCUGGGGCGCCCUGGAGACCUUCACCCAGGAGGAGCUGUGCAAGUUCAUCAAGUUUGCCUGCAACCAGGAGCGCAUCCCAUUCACCUGCCCCUGCAAGGACGGGGGCCCCGACACGGCCCACGUGCCCCCGUACCCCAUGAAGAUUGCCCCCCCAGAUGGCACAGCAGGUUCCCCAGACUCCCGCUACAUCCGCGUGGAGACCUGCAUGUUCAUGGUCAAGCUGCCCCAGUACUCCUCACUGGAGAUCAUGCUGGAGAGACUGCGCUGUGCCAUCCACUACCGCGAGGACCCCCUGAGUGGCUGACGGGGCCGGAGCUAAGCCAUCGCCAAGGCCCGUUCUGCCGGCCAGGGAGCCGGCCGCCUGACCGACCACCGUCCCUCCAGCAGCGAGGGAGGAGCCAGCGCGCCCUGCUUUUGCGAACUGUGUCCAAGCCAGGGCCUCCGGGAAGACACCCUUUUGUAUUCGUCCGUUCGUGAUGGGUUGGUUCUUUUGCUGCCUGUUCGUGGUAUAUUCGUAGGGUAGUUCUGUUCCCAGUUUGUCUCUCUUGAUCUUCUCGGACAGUGUCCCUGGUGGGUGCCAGACGCCACGAGGCCCAGCUGGUUCUCGCACAACCACCGGCAGGGCGUUGGCAGUGCGGUGACCGGCCACACAAAGCCAGCCCUGCCCUCCCGCCGCCUCUGCCAGCGCCCACCCUUGCACAGGGUACACGGGGAGGUCAUUGGUGUCCUCUCCCUGCCUGAGACCGGUCCUGGGCCUGACUUUGGCGAAAAGCCCUCAGGGUCACUCUGGGGCCCUGCAGACAGCCCCCCCCGCCUGUACCCUCUGGACCCCUGGUCUGUGUCCCCAGGACUCCUCGGGAGCUGAAGAGCCAGGGUCCUGCUCAGCCUUAGUCCGAGGAGACAGGCUGGCUGCGUCCUGGCAGCAGGAGAGGACGGAGCUGACAGGGAGGGACAGACCCUCCUCCACACCUAGGCCGGGGGCUCCUUGCCCACAUAAUGAGGCGGCUGAGGUGCUCUGCUCCAUGCAGACUGUCCCGUCCAUGGAGAGGCCAGGGUGCCUUGGCCCCCACCUCGCCCCAUAACCCCGUGCCCCCUGUUACGCGUGUGUGCCGGGGCUGAGCCCCUCCAGGCUCACCCACUGCCCAGUACAUCGUGCCCCAGUGAGUCUUUGUCCAGUGGUACUUUGUUGACGAGCAGCACUCGCCGUCCGUCACACACUGUCUUCUUGGGCUUUGCCCGUCCCAGAAGCGUGGCGCGGGGUCCUCAGUGACGCUGCCCAAAGGCCACAGGGCACUCUGCAGGGCCCGGCCGCCUGGGUGUGGGCUGCAGUCGGGACCACUGCAGAGGAGCUUCUCCGACCUGAGGGCAAGACGAGCCUAAGGCUGAUGGUCACCAUCAGUCACAUGGUGCAGGAGUCCCCUGCUCUGAGAGGAGAUGUCACCGCUGCUUUCUGGGGGCCACAGCCCCCUUGGUGGGGUCACAUCAGGACUGUUCCUGAAAACAAGGAUCCUCUGACUUCCUUUGUGCAUAGUGAAGAGCCUUUGACCCUCCUAGGAGGGGUGUUCCUCCCUGCAUCCUUCAGUCCCUAGUUCCCGCCACCCCUCAUCCCGUGAAUGCCCCGGGGCUCUGUGGCCACCUCCCGAGAGGUCGGGAAGAGAGGACGGCUGUGAGGCGGUGUCUGCCGCCAGCCAGCUGCGCUGGGAGCGCAGGGGUCCGGACAGCCCACGCCUGGCCCCAAGCAAUGUGUGCUGUAAAGUUACUUGAUGUAUAUUUAUUAUAGUUAUUUAUGGUUGCAUCUAACAGACUCUCCAUUCAGUCUGAUGCUGUUUACACUCCGCCGUGUAAAGGAAGCCCCUGCGGGAGAAAGUCACACCGAUAAGCCCUUCACCUAACCCACCACCCGCCGCAGGAACCGGGCCGGGCUGACACGCUGGCGCCGCCCCGUGGCGGGAAUUAAAAUGUUCUCAUUA